AUGAAGUGGUCCAAGCUCUAUAGUGGAGCCUUACAGGUCCCCACUAGAAUAGGAUCGCUCAGCAAGUCUACCAAUAUACACUCGAGGAAUGUGCUAAGUUCGCACAGUGUUUCACCUAUAUUCCAUACAGGCCGAACAUUCUCCACCACAACCAAACUAUGUACAGUCGAGCUAUCUAGGCUUGCUAAGGGGAUUCCAAAGCGAUCCGAUACUCUAUUAAUGGGAUGUGUGUGCUAUGAUCCAAGUGUAGGGGAUAUAUGGUCAGGUAUCAAAACAUAUCUCAACUCCAAAGGGGUGCCGUUUGACUUUGUUCUCUUCACCAACUAUGAGGCACAGGUGAGUUCCUUAUUAGAUGGAACCAUCGACAUGGCCUGGAAUGGUCCCAUUGCACAUGUACUAACCGAGGAAAUGGUGUGUGCUCUUGCACCGGAAAAACAGGUUGUUUCUCUGGGAAUGCGGGACUGUGACAGAGACUUCCAGACAGUUAUUGCCGUGAGAAAAGGAAGUGGGGUACAAAACAUAGGUGAUCUCAACGGAAAGGUCGUGCUUACAGGUGCGAGUGACUCACCUCAAGCGCACGUAGUGCCCGUACACUAUCUGAGACAGGCGGGUGUGCAGCCAGGGGAAGUUCGGAACUUUGAUCUGGAUAUGGGUAAGCACGGCGACACGGCCUUAGGGGAGGUGAAGGUGCUGGAAACGCUUGCUGCUGAUGGUGCACAAGACAGUCAGGAAGUGUGUACGGCUGCUGUAUUGUCAAAGAUGAUGUGGGAUAGAGCUGUACAGGGCCAGAUAGUUAGUGUCGAUGGCAAGAAGCUACUUGAGCGAUACGAGUUGCUGGCGAGUGCAGAUGUACCUGCCUUUGAUCACUGCCAGUUCGACGCGAUUCUGAACAAGGAAGGGGCGGCUGCGGACGAGGCAAGUCAACAACUGGAGAAGAAACUACACCAGUAUGUGGACGCGUUGUUUGCUAUGGACUGGGAUGACAAGGAACAUAGACGGCUCAUGCAGUUGGAAGGUAUCACUAAGGAGUGGGCCAAGCCCAGACAGGAGGGGUACGACAUUGUGCGGAAGGCUAUGGGUGUCGGCGCUAACCACCGACCGGCAGUCAAUCUGCGACAGACACACACACGUGCGUACUCAUCGGGUCGUGGUACACAUGGGCGUGUUCACACACAUCCGCAUACCCGUAGCUAUGCAUCACACUCUAGGCCUGACCGUGUGGCUGUGAUCGGGGCGGGUGUGGCUGGCUUACAGACAGUACGCGCACUCAGAGAUAGGGGUAUUGAGGUAACAGCAUACGAGUGUGCUAAUAACAUCGGAGGGGUAUGGCGUGAGAAUUACGCAAAUUUCGGGAUUCAGGCGCCCAAACAGCUGUAUGAAUUUCCCGAUUUCCCCAUGGCAAGCGCAGAGUGGGGCGAAUUCGCCGACGGUGUCAAGGUGCAGUCGUACAUUGAAGAGUAUGCGGACCGGUUUAACAUCCGGGACUCCAUUGUAUUGAACACGCGUGUGACGGGAGUGGAGCAGUUGAGCGACGACGGGAAGAGUGGGUGGAUCGUACGAACGUCGACCAGCACAGACACGUCAGGUACUGCUCAGGGCGGGAAGGGGACGCAAGGAGAGCGAGAUGCUGAGUUUGACUAUCUGGUGGUGGCUACGGGCUUGUAUUCGGGUCUGAAUCAGUACAUGCCUAGGAUUGGCGGCACUCCCAAGCAAGGCAUGUCUGUGCUGCACAGCGGCGACUUCCGUGAUAACGGCAUGGCCACCGGUAAGGACGUAGUGGUGGUAGGCAGUGGCAAGAGCGCCAUCGACAUUGCCGUUAACGCAGCGCACGCAAACGCUAAAAGCGUUACCAUGCUACAACGCAAUCCCCACUGGCCCACACCGCGUAAGAUCGCUGGAUUGAUUCCGUUCCAAUACGUUUUCCUCAGUCGGUUCGGCACUACCCUGGUGAGUGCACACCGUGGUACAUUUCCUGGGGGUAGUGGGAAAGCGGUAAACGCAUUGCGGGAUAGUGUGAUAGGCAGGAACCUGAUGAAGCCGAUCUUCGGAAUUGUUGAGAGUUUGUUUGCGUUCCAGUUGGCUUUGAAGAAGGGUGAAACCCGGCCUUCAACGGAUGUUGUGUCUGACUUCUACGGGUAUGCAAACGUGUUGGACAAUGAAUAUUCUGAUCUUAGGAAGUCUGGGAAGAUCCAGGUGAGAAACGGGGAAAUCGUCGAGUACAGUGACAACCCGGAGGCACCCCUGCACCUUAAAGACGGGUCCAGUUUAGACGCGGAUGUGGUGGUGUUUGGGACUGGUUUUGGCCGAGACUUCUCGUUCUUCAACAACACGGCGGUGCAAAAGGAUCUGGAUAUCCAGGACGAUGGACUAUAUCUGUACAGGGGUUUGCUGCCACCUAAAGUACCGAACCUUGCAUUCAUCGGCAACACGGCGACUGCGUCUAAUAUCGCCACCUAUGGCUUACAGGCCGAGUGGCUGGCACGCAAAAUGGAUGGAAAACUAGUACAAACCGAUGCGAAAACAGGUGUGGACCUUAACAACCCGCCAGUAGAUGUGAUGGUGAAGGGGGUGGAUUCUCACAAGGCGUGGGCGAGGGAAUGGAUGCCCAAGACGGCGAGUCGAGCUAGUUUGGUGUUGUUGCAUCAGAUACACUACCAUGAUCUGCUGCUAAAAGAUAUGGGGCUGAGCACGAAUCUUAAAAGCAAUGUGCUGGCUGAGUAUAUGAUGCCGUACGAGCCAGCGGAUUACAAGAGCGUAAUCUCCAAGGGUGAAGAACAGGUGGCAUAAGCUUAUUAAUUACUGCACGUACAGACAGGUAAGCGCAUAUAAAACAUUAAUAGUCUCGAAUAUUUAAACGGAAAUUCCGAAUAAAAAUAAUAUGCAUUCAACACA